UGAAGCGAUAAGGUUUUGCUCAGCUCUGGUAGAUAUAAACUUGUUUGGUUUGGACAUUUUGGCGCUUGUUUUAUCAAUCGAAUCGCCGGGUACUUCUGGGCGGUCGCUUCAGCGUCAAAUUGCACCUGACAGGGACAAUCUGAAGACGGCGUGAACAACAAAGACUGGAAGAACAGCAGCUCUGUGCAACUAAACGGAAUGACAACUCCGAUUGUCCAAGCUGUCAAUUUUCGACAUUGCAUUUGAUAGAGGGCCAUUGUACUGUUUUACAGGUUUAGAAUCCGUAUUAUUUUAUUGUCAGUAAGGGGAUAGCAUCGCGUCCCUUGCAUCACGAACGCGCAUGUUUAGAGGAUAGGGAAUGCUUUUCCGUUUGCCCUGCAGCUUACAAAGCUAUUGCCUAUGGAUAUGGAAGCUUAAAUAUCAGAUUUGAAGCAAGCGUAGGCUACGUUUGCGAGAACAAUUUGCUCACGAAUCUGUGCCUCUCAACCGAAGAUCUCGUUUGCAGGAUAAAAUAAGCGCACAAGAUUUGAUGUGCGGCGAAGGAAAUUAACGUGAAGAUGUGGGUCAACCCCGAAGAGGUCCUGUUGGCCAGUGCGUUAUGGAUGACCGAGAGAGCGAAUCCAUAUUUCAUUCUUCAAAAAAGGAAGGGUCACGGCGAUGGAGGCGGAGGACUUGCAGGCUUGCUGGUGGGAACCCUGGAUGUGGUGCUGGACUCCAGCGCUCGUGUGGCCCCCUACAGGAUCCUGUACCAGACGCCGGACUCCCUGGUGUACUGGACCAUUGGACACGGGAGCUCUAGGAAGGAGAUCACAGAGCACUGGGAAUGGCUGGAGCAGAAUCUGCUGCAGACGCUCUCCAUCUUUGAAAAUGAGAACGACAUCACUACCUUCGUCAAGGGCAAAGUACAGGGUAUCAUUGCAGAGUACAACAACAACCACGACGUGAAGGAUGACGACGACACUGAGAAGUUUAAGGAGGCCAUGGCCAAGUUCCGUAAGCUGUUUGGCAUGCCGGAGGAAGAGAAGCUGGUCAACUACUACUCCUGCAGCUGCUGGAGGGGCCGCGUGCCCAGGCAGGGCUGGCUCUACCUCAGCAUCAACCACCUCUGCUUCUACUCAUACCUGCUGGGCAAAGAGGCGAAGCUGGUGGUUCGCUGGGCCGACAUCACGCAGCUGGAGAAGGUGGCCACGCUGCUACUGCCGGACGCCAUCCGCGUGAGCACGCGCCGCCACGACCACGUCUUCUCCGUCUUCCUCAACAUCUCAGAGACGUUCAAGCUCAUGGAGCAGCUGGCCAACAUCGCCAUGCGGCAGCUGCUGGACAACAAGGGCUUUGAGCAGGACCGCUCGCUGCCCAAGCUGAAGAAGAAGCCGCCGAAGAAGGUGCCUGCCCUCAAGAGGGACCUCGACGCACGGGCCAAAAGCGAGCGGUACCGGGCGCUCUUCCGCCUGCCCAAAGACGAGAAGCUGGAUGGGCACACGGACUGCACUCUCUGGACCCCCUUCAACAAGAUGCACAUCCUGGGCCAGAUGUUCGUCUCCACCAACUACAUCUGCUUCACCAGCAAGGAAGAGACUGCAUGCAGCCUCAUCAUCCCUCUCAGAGAGGUCACCAUUGUGGAGAAGGCGGACAGCUCCAACGUUCUCCCCAGUCCACUGUCAAUCAGCACCAAGAACCGCAUGACCUUUCUGUUCGCCAACCUGAAGGAUCGGGACUUCCUGGUGCAGCUGAUUUCGGACUUCCUGCAGCAGACCACUUCGAAGAUCUGCUUCGAGCGUGAGAUCACCGGCAGUCUGAACAGCUCAGACGAUGAGGUGUACUCCCAGCAGGGCAGUCUGCUCUCCUGCAGUCCUCAGCGCAGCAGUGUGAGUUCGGAGACUGAGGGCGAACGCCAGUUCAACCUCAACGACAACAGUGUUCCCACGGCAACGCAGGCCCUCAUGACUAUGUACCGGCGCCGUUCCCCUGAGGAAUUUAACCCCAAACUGGCCAAGGAGUUUCUGAAGGAGCAGACAUGGAAGAACCACUUUGCAGAGUAUGGCCAGGGUGUGUGCAUGUACCGCACAGAGAAGACCAAGGACCUGGUGCUCAAAGGCAUCCCGGAGAACAUGAGGGGGGAACUGUGGCUGCUCUUCUCUGGUGCCAUCAAUGAGAUGGCCACCCACCCAGGCUACUACGAGGACUUGGUGGAGAAGUCCAUGGGGAAGUACAACUUGGCCACGGAGGAGAUCGAGAGGGACCUGCACCGCUCCCUGCCUGAGCACCCCGCCUUCCAGAACGAGAUGGGCAUCGCUGCUCUCCGACGGGUCCUCACGGCCUACGCUUUCCGGAACCCCAACAUUGGCUAUUGCCAGGCCAUGAACAUUGUGACCUCGGUGCUGCUGCUCUACGCCAAGGAGGAGGAAGCCUUCUGGCUACUGGUGGCUCUGUGCGAAAGAAUGCUGCCAGACUACUACAACACCAGAGUCGUUGGUGCGUUGGUAGACCAGGGUGUGUUUGAGGAGCUGGCCCGGGAGUACGUGCCCCAGCUGUAUGACUGCAUGCAGGACCUGGGCGUCAUCUCCACCAUCUCCCUCUCCUGGUUCCUUACCCUCUUCCUCAGCGUCAUGCCCUUCGAGAGCGCCGUGGUGGUGGUCGACUGCUUCUUCUACGAGGGCAUCAAGGUCAUCUUCCAGCUGGCGCUGUCCGUCCUGGACGCCAACAUCCACAAGCUGCUGGGCUGCAAGGACGACGGGGAGGCCAUGACCGUGUUGGGCAGGUAUUUGGACAGUGUAACCAAUAAGGACAGCACUUUGCCACCCAUUCCGCACCUGCAUUCCCUGCUCACAGACGAUGGGGAGCCCCACCCUGAAGUUGACAUCUUUAAACUGGUCCGAAGCUCCUACGAGAAAUUUGGUUCCAUUCGAGCCGAUGUCAUUGAGCAAAUGCGCUUCAAACAGAGGCUGAGGGUUAUUCAGACCAUCGAGGACACAACCAAACGCAAUGUGGUGAGACUCAUUGUGACUGAGACGGCCUUCAGCAUAGAUGAACUGGAGGAGCUGUAUGUGCUCUUUAAGACGGAGCACCUGACCAGCUGCUACUGGGGAGGCACCAGUAACCCCACGGCGCGCCACGACCCCAGCCUGCCCUACCUGGAGCAGUACCGUAUCGACCUGGAGCAGUUCAAGGCCCUGUUCGCGGCCCUCUUCCCCUGGGCCUGUGGCUCCCACCCCGACGUGCUGGCCCUGCGCUUCUUCCGCUUCCUCGACCAGAACUCUGACGCGCUCCUCAACUUCCGCGAGUUUGUGAGCGGACUAAGUGUACUCUGCCACGGAGACCUAACUGACAAGCUCAAGCUGCUAUACAAGAUGCACGUCCUGCCAGACAUUGUGUUGACACAUGAACAGGAAGAGCCUGAUUCAGCGUUUGAAGCCACACAGUACUUCUUCGAGGACAUCACGCCGGAGACAUCACAUGGCCUUGGCCCAAAGUGCAAGAAUGAAAAGGAUGACGGAUUUGUGAGGGUGACCUUUAAAACUGAGAAAGUGAAGAAAACGCACACUCCAGACUACAGAACCUACCUGCGUCUGUGGAACCAGGAAGCCAAGGCCAAGCUGGAGAAUAUGAAGGACCUGCCUAAGCUGAAUCAGAGUCAGUUCAUCGAGCUGUGCAAGACUUUGUACAACCUCUUCAGUGAGGACCCCAAUGAGCAGGAGCUGUACCACGCCACGGCCACCGUUGCCAGCCUGCUCUUGGAGAUGGGCGAGGUGGGCAAGCUCUUCUGCAGCCCCUCCAGCAAAGACCUCGUGGAGGAGGACGAGGACGAAGACGAAGACGAAGACGAGGAAGAUCAGCUCACCCACAGCAAAGCCUGUGGCCGCAGGUCCAAGUCGUCAAGUCGCCCCCGCCUGCAGCGGAGGAGCCAGGGCGACCCGCUGAGUUCCAGCACGGAGGAGAGCCACCCCAAGCCUAGCAGCGCGGACGCGGACACGGACGAGGGUCACCACCGGGAGCGGGAGCAGCCCCAGCCCCAGCCCCUGCCCUGUGCCACCCCCAUGGAGGACAUCAAACUUGACGACUCAGUCGUCGGCACGUCCUCCUCCGCCAUGCUCAUCUCCGACGACGAGGCCAAAGACGACACGUCCAUGUCCUCGUACUCCGUCCUGAGCGCCGGCUCCCACGAGCUGGACGACAAGCUCCACUGCGAGGACAUCGCCGACGACACCGUGCUGGUGCGCAGCAACGGCCUCCGUGGUGGUGGUGGUGGCAGCCAGGCCAGGCCCCCCCACAGCGGAGCAGGAUCUCGCGUUGUCUCAGGGGGGGUGCCUCAUUCUGCCAGUGGGGGGGGCCUGCCCCACAGUACAAGCAUAGACAAGGACUGGGCCAUUACCUUUGAGCAGUUCUUGGCGUCCGUGCUGACCGAGCACGCUCUGGUGCUCUACUUCGAGAAGCCCGUGGACAUUACGGCGCGCAUCACCAACGCCAAGAAUGUGCGCAAGGUUGGCACUGGCAGCACACAGUCAUCGUCCCUUAGCGAUUACGAGAUCACGCUCUCAGGCACUGGGAACACACUCAUCCAUGUGACCGUGUGACGUAUUGCGACUGGAACUCAGAGACUCCGUUUAAAUCCUUUACCUUGACAUACAGUUCAGUACUCACAAUCAUGUAUCACUUUUUGGUUCUACUGGAUGUUGCACACUGACAAAUGCCUAUGGUGACAUUCUUGAUGGACACUUGAGUAAGUCACAUUCAAUAUCAAUGAUGAGCCAGCGGUCAUGACCGAACUGGUAUAUGGUGCUGGAUACGCUUGAUAAAGGACUGGACCCUGAGACUUCAAGAGUCUUAAACAGGAUGACUGUGUGUGUCGGCCAUAUGAUGGAAAUGAUGCUGCCUAUAGAAAUAGAGUGAACUAUUUAUGAAAGCUAUGAAUG